AUGUCCCUCGAAGACUCUCUAAGAUCUCUCUCUCUUGACUACCUCAACCUUCUCAUCAACGGCCAAGCCUUCAGCGACGUCACUUUCCAAGUCGAGGGCCGCCUCGUCCACGCCCACCGCUGCAUCUUGGCCGCGCGCAGCCUCUUCUUCCGCAAAUUCUUCUGCGGCCCCGACCCCCCGCCCGCCCUCGACCCCUCUGCCUCGUCCAGAGCCGCCGCCGCUUCGGCCGCGCGCCCCCCCGGCGUCAUCCCUGUCAACUCCGUCGGCUACGAGGUCUUCUUGCUGCUGCUGCAGUUCCUCUACAGUGGACAAGUCUCCAUCGUGCCGCAGAAGCACGAGGCCAGGCCCAAUUGCGGCGAGCGAGGGUGCUGGCACACGCAUUGCACCUCCGCCGUUGAUCUCGCCCUCGACACCCUCGCUGCCGCCAGAUACUUCGGCGUCGAACAACUCGCAUUGCUCACUCAGAAACAACUAGCGAGCAUGGUGGAGAAAGCCUCAAUCGACGAUGUGAUGAAAGUGCUGAUAGCAUCUCGAAAGCAGGAAAUGCAGCAGCUUUGGAGCACGUGCUCCCACCUGGUGGCCAAGUCAGGUCUUCCGCCGGAGGUGCUGGCGAAGCACCUCCCCAUUGACGUGGUGGCCAAGAUCGAGGAGCUCCGGCUAAAAUCCUCCAUCGCGCGCCGCUCCAUGCUGCCGCUGCAGCACCCGCACCACCACCCGGACCUGGCCAGCGCGGACAUGGAGGACCAGAAAAUCCGGAGGAUGCGACGCGCGCUAGACUCCUCCGACGUGGAGCUUGUGAAGCUCAUGGUGAUGGGGGAGGGCCUGAACCUGGACGAGGCGCUGGCGUUGCACUACGCUGUGGAGAGUUGCAGCAGGGAGGUGGUGAAGGCGUUGCUGGAGCUGGGUGCGGCGGAUGUAAACUUCCAGGCCGGUCCGGCCGGGAAAACGCCUCUGCACGUGGCGGCGGAGAUGGUGUCUCCGGAGAUGGUGGCGGUGCUGCUGGACCACCACGCUGACCCGAACGUGCGAACGGUGGAGGGCGUGACCCCGUUGGACAUCCUGAGAACCCUAACCUCGGACUUCCUCUUCAAAGGGGCAGUCCCUGGACUCACCCACAUUGAGCCCAACAAGCUCAGGCUUUGCUUGGAGCUCGUGCAAUCCGCGGCUCUCGUUUUGUCUCGUGAAGAAGGGAACAACAAUGCUAACAACAAUGACAACACUAAAAACAGCAACACUUCUGCUUCUGCAACUGCUAUCUUUCCACCAAUGAAUGAAGAGCACAGCAGUAGCAAUUUGAACACCAGAUUGGUUUAUCUCAACCUCGGCGCCCCGCCACAAAUGGGUGACGAUGAAGGCAGCCAGAGAGAAGCCAUGAACCGUCAUGGCUCGCAAGGUGGUGGAUGUGACCCAUCAAUGUACCAUCACUCUCAUGACUUCUAG